AUGUCGUCCGCCGACCUGUACGACCUGACGCUGGCCUCGCACCUCAUCGUGGAGCAGUUCCUGCUGACCCAAGGCUACACCUCUACUGCGACUCAACUGCGCACCGAUGCGGCUGCUGCUGGGCUUGCGCUCCCACCGCUCGGCGCUUCCGAAAGCCCGGACCUUCGAUACAUUGUCGAGUCGUACCGAUCGCGGAUCUCUGCGGAAAAGAGGAAAGCCCAAUCCAUCGCUCGCUCCGCGGUCGCCACCCCGGAUCCACUAACCCUUACCCUGCCCGGCCCAGCUACCCUGCCCUACCACCUUUCCGCAUCGCAUACUACGCUGCACGCCUCCAACAUCCUCUCCAUCUCCCACCUCCUCCUCCCACGUCGCACCUUUUCCACCACCACCUCUCGCUACACCAACGCCAUCCACCCCGCGCUGGUCACCACCGCUGCCGACAAACGCAUCGUCUUCUCCAACUCCACCACCGGAGACGUCGAGGAGAUCCUGGAGGAUCCCAGGGAAGCGCAUCAGGCAGCAGUGUUGUGCGUAGCACAGGAUCCGCUCGACUCGCGGGUGCUGGUGAGCUGCGGGAUGGAUGGAAAGGUGGUGGUGUGGGAUCUGUUGGAGAGGAAGGUGGUGCAGGUGUUGCAGGAGCACAGCCGGUUUGUGGUGAGGGUGGCGUACAGUGAGAGUGGAGAGUAUCUGGCGAGUAUCGGGUACGAUAGGAAGGUGGUUGUGUACAGGAGGUUGGUGGAGACCAUGUUCAGAGCGUCAGGAGAGGAGGAAGAGGAAGAGGAAGAGGAAGAGGAGGAGGUGGAGGGGGUGAAAGGUCCAAGGUACGAAAAGGUGUUUGAGCUCGAAACGAAGAGCAACCCGGAAGCGAUACUGUUCGUCGGCGCCGGUAUGGCUCCAGUACCAGAAGAGGAAGCAAAUGCAGCAGCAGAAGAAGGAGCGGUAGCUCAGACGGCGGCGGAAGCGAAACGAACCUGGUUGUGCUUUACGGUUCGCAACGACUGUUUCCUGCACUACAUCGCGCUACCCACCUCUGCCGAUUCCUCCCUCCACGAUCUCUCCCACGUUUCCCUCCAAGACACUCCUCCUUCCAAAUCAUCCCACCCCGCGUCUUCUCCAGAUUGGUCCCUGCACAGCUUCAACACCAACCCAGACAUCCACGACCACCAUGUAUCCUACUCGCUCCUCUCCCUCACCCUCCACCCUUCUUCCGGUCUAAUUUGCAUCCAGACUGGCGACCACACCCCUACCUCCCUCUCCUCUUCCACCACCACCACCUCUUCCACUCUCUCUCGCCUCUUGCUGCUACCAGCGCUGUCCUCCCGUCGGGCGCUGACGAUCUUCACCGGAGUCUCUACCAGCUCGUAUGCAUCCCCCCGCCACUCCUGGUUGCCCGACGGCAGUGCCUGCUGGUUGAACUCCGAAGACGGUGUGCUUCGUCUGGUGGAUCUCAAGGGAAAGACGAGAGCGAGCGUGCUCGCCCACGGCAUCGAUUCAUCCGGCGAGGCGGCAGGUGGAGAGAGAGACUUGGCUGCCACCUGGACAAGAGGCGGAAAUACCAUCGUCAAGGACGUUGUGGUGCUAGGAGGGGUGGAAGAGGGAAAGGUCGCUAGUUGUGGGUUUGAUCGAACGGUUAGGAUCGUCAGUUUGUAA